AUGGCGUACCUCGGUGCUCCGCUAGCUGCUAUGGCUCUCAACUGCCGAGGCCUGAACGUGCCGGAACGACGCACCCAUCUGCUUCGUGAACUACGGAAAAAACGAAUCUCCAUAGCGAUGCUCCAGGAAACUCACUUCCUCGAGGGGUCCGCGCCUAAACUCCGUAAUCGGCAAUACCCCAACACCUUCUUCAGCAAUCAUCCCACAACCCGUAAAGCAGGAGUCGCUAUCACCCUUGCAGCAGAACUGGACUUCAAAGAACUAGAUAAGGUAACUGACAAGCUAGGGAGAUACCUCUUCCUAAAAGGCACGAUAGCGGACAGAAUGUACACCCUGGCUUCCAUUUAUGUGCCCAACAAAAACCAGGCACGUUUCCUUCGGAGAACAAUGAACAAACUGAGCGGAUUCUCGGAGGGCACACUCAUUGUGGGGGGUGAUCUCAAUACCCCGUUGGACCCUCAGAUGGACACAUCCACGGGACACUGUUAUAUACCUAUGUCUAGCAUUCACUCGAUACGUAA